UAACACCGUUUUCCUCUCAUACCAUUUUUUUCCUGUAGUAUAACAGAAUUCACUGUUAAAAACCAUUUGGGGAAAAAUAAACAUUGUUUUCUUUGCAUAUAUCAAAAUGCGGCUUAUUUCCUGUCACUGUUUUACUUUUACCGUAAUUAUCAGAUAGAAAACAGAAAAAUAUUUCUUUUUGUUGGUUUUAAUGAAUAAGACAAUAAUGAGGACAACAAACCGCUAAUUCGCCGUGUUUAUCAUUAUUUAGCCACUCAAAAACCCAAUCAAAAAAAUGAAAAUUCCGAUAGUCGCAAUCCAAAGAUGCAUUCAAAAGUCUACAGAGUAUAUAUAUGAUAAAUUGCACUUGAGGUUAAUUGAUGAUUAUGUUUUGUACCCCAUUGCUCGCAUAGUUCUUUCCUUCUUUGGUCAACUUCACUUAAUUGAUUAAUAUUUAAAAAUAUUUCAUUUUUUUAACUUCGUUUUCAAAUUCAUAUAUUGACUGGAUGAUUAUUCUUAACGUCAAUGCUACAGAUUCAAAUUCGACUUUGGAGGAGAUUGGGCUGUACAGCACGGGACUGUGGAGUGGCUCGGGCCCGGUGGGCUGCUCGAUCGGGUGGUUCGCAUUCGGAGUGGGGAUGUCGCUGCUGUUCUGGGGCAUAGUGAGAAGACGCAACCGAUACAGUGUGAAGGAGGAGUUAGAAUGGAAGUACCAGCCACGCGACGCCUCCGACGACAUAUGCGCUUUUGAGGAUCUGGACUGCAAAGGAGGUCAACCGAGUUCAUAUUCAAGUGAGAGUGGCAGAGACAGUUUCUACAGUCGCUUCUAUGACCACAGCAACUCAUAUGACGCCGAGGAAGGAGAAUGUAAGGGGGAGGCCGAGGGGGAAGGGGAGGAGGAGGGGGAAGGGGAGGGGGAGGAGGAGGGGAAAGGGGAGGGGGAGAGAGAUGGAACCCCUAAAGACAACGACGACGACUCAGCAUAUCAAACUGAUGCGAUCAGCACCCGAAGUCCCAAUGGCGACCAAGAUACCGACUGGGAAGACCAAGACCACCCGACCGACCUGAAAAGUCAAACCGAAAGACUCUCCGCCGACAACGGCGGGUUGGAAAACAUCGACGAAGAUCCCAGCUCGGACAACACUCGAAUGGCUAGUCGGUUCAAAUACGAAGGUUAUUCGGGUCCAUUCCAGGAAAACAAGCCGCGAGAGGAGUUCGAGCUAAAUGGCGAACACUACAAUUCGCUCAAAUCCAACCAGUCAAUUCCGACAGAUGAUACGAACCUUUCCCUGUGACGUCACCAUAUCAUAUCCAAAAUUACAUCAUAAGUGUGACAUCAUAUCUCAUUCAAAUCUGCAUCAUGUGUUACGUAAUCAACGAGGCGAGCUCUCAAAAAAGGAGCGCCUUUGCAACAGUAUAUAGCGCAAAAGAAUGAAAUUGAGUGUUAGGAUUCAGUUUGAACGAAUUAAUACUUGUAGCAAGGUUUUCUGACAGCAAUAAACAUCUA